CUCGAAUUCCUGACCUAAGACUACGGCAUUACAAAAGAAACAGCUUCGUGUUGAUGUCUUCGGUCUCAAGCCUCUAGUUUACAAGAUCAGCCUGUAAUUUGCGAAAUCGUCAGACCAGAGCCAUGCCAGGGCUAAGAGAGUCCAACCCAAUUCUUACUUCCAUCUCUGACUGGAUUCUUGCCAAAAGCGCUGAGAUCGAAUAUGCCCGCUCAACCAAUGGCGGAUGGGAAGGCUGGUCGCAAGUCGAGCUUGCAUGGGUCCUGACUCGUGGUCAUACCUAUAAGUAUGACCAGGGUUCUAACAUACUCAUCAGCCGAGAGUCUCACCUGUUCGAAGAGAACUCGCUCAAAGCCGAUCUUGAAAUCUCCGGGCCAGGCGGUGUCGUGUUUGAGCUGAAGUGUGAGAGAGGUCCUCGAAUGGUGGAUGACUCGCAAAACCCGGGCCAAAUGAAGGAGGACACGACCACCCUGAAAAGUUCGGCUGGGCAGCUGUUCACCGGCCUGAGAGCCGACCAGGCCAAGGUAGCUGGACUCAAAGCUUCUGCAGGCAUCACAGCUGUCUUUGUGAUCGGAAUCUCAGUCACACGCGAGGCUUAUGAAAGAAUGGCUGCAAUGCCGCAAGACGAGAAUGCUUUUAAGCUUUAUACUGCUACCGGGAACGACAACACCCCGAUUUGUUUGUGGUGGUGGCAAAAGCCCAUGCCGUGAAAGAAGUCUGAGCUUGGAGAGAAAAUACGACUCGGGAAACAAAACUAUUGGGCUAUUUUUAAGACAGAGAAUAUAUAUG